AUGAUCCCUUAUGACGGAGAGGAACUGUUACCUAGUUUCGGAACACGGCACUUGGUGAUGCAAACGAAUCUUCAUCCAGAUGAGUUCAUUGGGAUUAGGCUCAUGCUCGAUAAAUGUCCCGUUUUGGAGUCUCUCACGUUCGACAUCGUCUCUGAAAAAACAACAAUCUUGGGGGGCACAGUUUCGGCACCAGAGGACUUUAACGCAGAUACGUAUUGGCUCGGUGAGAUUACGCACGAGUGUUUGGAGAAGACGCUCAAGGUCGUUGUGGUGAAGGAUUUUGGUGACAUGUACGAGCUGCAAAUACUGACCUACUUGAUUAAGCAUGGGCUUGUCUUGGAACGGCUUGACCUUUACAUGAGCGAAGAUCAGAUGCUUGGAGUACAGAUGGCUCUGCUGAAUGUCCCGAGAGGUUCGAACCGCUUACAAGUUACUCUACACACCGCAUCAACUGAUACAUCCUAA